UCGACAAGUCUCCAUCUCUUAACCUAACAAACUCUAUUUGUCCACAUUUCUCCAGCUAAGAGAAUUCCAUCUAUCAAUCAAUAUAUAGAGCAAGAUAUAUACACUUUGACUAAUAAGCAAUAUCAAUGAGGAUGACAACGAUGACGAUGAUGGAUAGUAGCAACAACGAAGGCCGAGAAUUGAAGCCACCAGUCACUGGCUGCAAGCUCCGACAUCUGAUGCGACGCCCAAUUUUUCCACCUUACGGCCUACGAAACCCUAAUUUCGUUCCAAUAAGUGAUCAUGAGAGAGCGGCGCCGCCGUUGGUGAGCACGAGGUGGAACCCUACACCGGAGCAACUGCAGGCGCUUGAGGAAAUGUAUAGACGCGGGAUCAGAACUCCGUCGGCGGAGCAGAUUCAGCAUAUUGCGGCGAAAUUGCGGCGGUUUGGGAAAAUCGAAGGGAAGAAUGUUUUCUACUGGUUUCAAAACCACAAGGCGAGAGAGAGGCAGAAGAAACGUCGUCAGCUCGCCGCCAGAAUCGUCCACCCUACGCCACCUGGACUUAUCAGGGGAUAUUUGGAAAUUGAACAACACAGGAAGGUCUUAAACUGCUGCACACCUUCAAAGGAUUGUGCAUCAAUGCAAGGUGCAGUGAUUGCUGCAGAUGGAUGGAAUCACAAGGAGGAAUUGGAAGCUAAGGCUAAGGUUGUAACUGUAGGGAAUGAAUGGCAGUCUGAUUUGGACUUAUCUUCUUCUUCAAAUGGACAAGAGAAUACCAAACCCUAUUUUAAUGGCAUCACCAAUCAAAAUCAAACUACUCUUCACCUAUUUCCCAGCCCACAACUAGAAGACAGUCACAUUCCUCAUACAUUUACACCUACUUGCUUCUUUGAGUUUCUUCCAAUCAAGAAUUGAAACUUUCAUUCUACUCUAGUGUUAUAGAUGUAACAAUAUUAAUGUUAGUCACUCAAUAUAUAUGUACCAUGUUGAUUAGCUAUCAUUUACUUACCUAUACUUUGUGUUUCUAUCUAUCUAUCUAUCUAUCUAAUCGACA